GGGGCGGCCCUGGGUCAGCAGCCCGGGUACCCCCAGCCGAGACUGCCGCAGCCCCUGGCAGAGGGGGACCUGGUCGGCCGAGGACGGCAGAGAGGAGCAGUGGGGGCCGCAGCCAAGUCACAAGAACUCCAGAUAUCUGCUGGGUUUCAGGAGCUGUCGCUUGCAGAGAGAGGAGGGCGCCGUAGGGACUUCCACGAUCUCGGUGUGAACACGAGACAGAACCUAGACCAUGUCAAAGAGUCCAAAACUGGCUCCUCGGGCAUCAUUGUGAGGCUGAGCACCAACCACUUCCGGCUGACCUCCCGCCCGCAGUGGGCCCUGUACCAGUACCACGUGGACUACAACCCGCUGAUGGAAGCCCGCCGCCUCCGCUCCGCGCUGCUCUUCCAGCACGAAGAUCUCAUUGGAAGGUGUCACGCUUUUGAUGGAACAAUAUUAUUUUUACCUAAACGACUGCAACACAAGGUCACCGAAGUGUUCAGUCAGACCCGGAACGGGGAGCGUGUGAGGAUAACAAUCACGCUAACCAACGAGCUCCCGCCCACGUCGCCCACCUGCCUGCAGUUCUACAACAUCAUCUUCAGGAGGCUCCUAAAAAUCAUGAAUUUGCAACAGAUUGGACGGAAUUACUAUAACCCGCAUGACCCGAUUGACAUUCCAAAUCACAGGUUGGUGAUCUGGCCUGGCUUCACCACCUCCAUCCUGCAGUACGAGAACAACAUCAUGCUGUGCACGGACGUCAGCCACAAGGUGCUGCGCAGCGAGACGGUCCUGGACUUCAUGCUCGCCCUGUACCACCAGACCGAGGAGCACAAGUUCCAGGAGCAAGUGUCCAAAGAGCUGAUAGGGCUGAUUGUUCUGACCAAGUACAACAAUAAGACCUACCGGGUGGAUGACAUCGACUGGGACCAGAACCCGAAGAGCACCUUCAAGAAGGCGGAUGGCUCAGAGGUCAGCUUCCUGGAGUACUACCGGAAGCAGUACAACCAGGAGAUCACCGACCUGAAGCAGCCGGUCCUGGUGAGCCAGCCCAAGAGGAGGCGGGGCCCUGGGGGCACCAUGCCCGGGCCUGCCAUGCUCAUCCCCGAGCUCUGCUACCUCACAGGCCUGACCGACAAGAUGCGGAACGACUUCAACGUGAUGAAGGAGCUGGCAGUGCACACACGGCUCACCCCUGAGCAGCGGCAGCGGGAAGUGGGCCGCCUCAUCGACUACAUCCACAAAGACGACAAUGUGCAGCGAGAGCUGCGAGACUGGGGCUUGAGCUUUGACUCCAACUUGCUGUCCUUCUCGGGAAGGAUUCUGCAAGCAGAGAAGAUUCACCAAGGUGGGAGAACGUUUGACUACAGCCCGCAGUUCGCAGACUGGUCCAAGGAGACCCGGGGCGCCCCGCUCAUCAGCGUGAAGCCGCUGGACAACUGGCUGCUGAUCUACACGCGAAAAAAUUAUGAAGCAGCCAACUCACUGAUACAGAACCUGUUCAAGGUUACGCCGGCCAUGGGCAUCCAAAUGAAGAAAGCCAUCAUGAUUGAGGUGGACGACAGGACGGAAGCCUACCUCCGCGUCCUGCAGCAGAAGGUCACCUCGGACACACAGAUAGUUGUCUGUCUGCUGUCGAGUAACCGGAAGGACAAAUAUGAUGCCAUCAAGAAGUACCUGUGCACGGACUGCCCCACGCCCAGCCAGUGCGUGGUGGCCCGCACCCUGGGCAAGCAGCAGACCAUCAUGGCCAUUGCCACCAAGAUCGCCCUGCAGAUGAACUGCAAGAUGGGCGGCGAGCUCUGGAGGGUGGACAUGCCUCUGAAGCUGGCCAUGAUCGUGGGCAUUGACUGCUACCACGACACCACUGCGGGCCGGAGGUCCAUCGCAGGAUUCGUCGCCAGCAUCAACGAAGGGAUGACCCGCUGGUUCUCUCGCUGCGUCUUCCAAGACCGAGGCCAGGAGCUGGUAGACGGGCUCAAGGUGUGCCUGCAAGCGGCGCUGCGGGCGUGGAACAGCUGCAACGAGUACAUGCCAAGCCGGAUCAUCGUGUACCGGGACGGCGUGGGUGACGGCCAGCUGAAGACGCUCGUGAACUACGAGGUCCCCCAGUUCUUGGAUUGCCUGAAGUCCCUCGGGAGAGGCUAUAACCCGAGGCUGACGGUAAUCGUGGUAAAGAAACGUGUGAACGCCAGGUUUUUUGCGCAGUCCGGAGGAAAACUUCAGAACCCCCUCCCUGGGACUGUCAUCGACGUGGAGGUCACCCGGCCUGAGUGGUACGACUUCUUCAUCGUAAGCCAGGCUGUGAGGAGUGGCAGCGUGUCACCAACACACUACAACGUCAUCUAUGACAGCAGCGGCCUGAAGCCGGACCACAUCCAGCGGCUGACGUACAAGCUCUGCCACAUCUACUACAACUGGCCGGGCAUCAUCCGCGUCCCUGCACCGUGCCAGUACGCACACAAGCUGGCCUUCCUGGUGGGCCAGAGCAUCCACAGGGAGCCGAACCUGUCCCUGUCCAACCGCCUCUACUACCUGUGACCUGGCCCACCGCCACCCGCUCCCUCCCGGCCGUCUCGGACGGAUGUUAGGGUUUUGCUGUUGUGUUUCUGGUGAAGCUUGGGAAGGGCCCGGCAGAGCUGGAGUUUAUGUCUUUGUUGCUAUAUAAUUUGGCUUCCAAUUUGGCUUCCUUACUUUAUAGGUAAAAGUUAAGACUUUAAGAUUGUAUCUUGCUGGUUUUUUGUAAGUAUGUUGCGAUGAUCUGUUUGUUCUGAAAAAAUGUGGAUAAGGCACUUUGUAUUAUGAAUGGACUUUCUUAAAGAAGUUGGAAAGUAGCUGGGCGCGGUUGCGCACGCCUGUAAUCCCAGCACUGAGGGAAGCUGAGGCAGGAGGAUCGCAAGUUCAAGUCCUGCCUAGGCAACCUA